AAAAAAAAAUAAUUAGCCGAUUAUAAUAGAUAAUACGCAAAGUUGUUUAUUAGGUUUGUUCACACAGAAAUCACAAAACUGGGAGUCUUGAGCGCCACCGAAUAUCAUUGGACGAAACUGUCAGAAAAUUGGUUGUGUUGUGGAUGAUUUGCAACAGUCAAAAAAGCUCAGACUUGUUUGCGAUUUCUGUGCGAACAGACCCUAUUAUUGUGGGCUCAAGGUUGAAAUACAGCGAAUCUCUGCUGGGUUUCGUUUCGUUCAGUUUCAGUUCCAGUCCCAUUGCGGCCGCUUGCACGCGUGACGAACGGUAGACAUGGCUAAUAAUUCCACAAUGGAUAAUUUUUGUGGAUCCGAAUUUUGGAAUAGAUCUCUCACAUGGGACACAGAUGAUCCAGACUUCACAAAAUGCUUCGAGAAAACUGUACUGGUAUGGGGCCCCUGUUUCUUUCUGUGGCUGUUUGUGGGACUUGAAGUGUAUUACAUAAAAAACAGCAAAAAGAAAGAUAUUCCUUGGAACUGGAUUAAUUGUUCCAAACUUUUUGUCACCUCAGCUCUUAGUUUAUUGAUGAUAAGUGAUUUAGUUACAAGUUUACAAAACUUUAGUACAGACUUUGUGCCAAGUGUAGAUAUAUACACCCCUUUGCUGAAAUUAGCAACAUUUGCCCUAACCGCAGUUCUAAUCCACUACAACAAAAAAUAUGGUAUCCGGACUUCAGGACUUCUAUUCCUAUUUUGGUUCCUGCUAUCUCUAUUUGGUGCGGCACAGUUUCGGACAGAAAUUCGCGCAGUACAAAGAGAUGGAGUCCCAGAUUCAUAUUACCAAUACGUCAGUUACCUGAUCUACUACCCUUUGGUGUUGCUGAUGUUUUUGUUGAAUUGUUUUGCUGAUCAGCCGCCACAAGUGACUAGGUAUCCAAAAACACGGAACCCAUGCCCAGAAGAUGGAGCCAGCUUUCUAUCCCGAAUAUUAUUUGCAUGGUUCGAUCGCAUGUCAUGGAAGGGCUUCAGAAACCCUCUGGAAACAAAAGAUUUGUGGGAUUUGAAUCCCGCCGACUCUUCAGCCGAAGUAGUGCCUAUUUUUGAGAAACAUUGGCAAAAUACAUUGAAAAAAUGCAUAGGGGUGCCAACACAUGCGAGAGCCCAAAUCAAGGGCGAUUCUGGUCAAAUAGAGUUCAUACAAAGCAAGAAGAAAGAAGCAUCAGUCUUGCCAGCGUUACUUAAGUCUUUUGGGGCAAUGUUUCUAUUUGGUUCUUCUUUGAAGUUUGUUCAGGAUGUUAUGAUGUUUGUCAGCCCUCAAAUAUUAGGAUGGAUCAUUACUUUUGUCAAACAUCCAGAGCACUAUUGGAAAGGUCCAUUCUAUGCAAUACUUAUGUUUUUAACUGCCACCAUACAGACUCUAAUUUUGGCGCAGUACUUCAACAGAAUGUUUAUAGUUGGCAUGAGAAUUAGAACAGCUCUAGUGUCGACUAUUUACAGGAAAUCUUUGAAAAUCUCGAAUAAAGCUCGAAAAGAAAGAACAGCAGGUGAAAUAGUUAAUCUCAUGUCAGUAGACGCCCAAAAAUUCAUGGAUCUUACUGCGUACUUAAACAUGAUCUGGUCCGCACCACUACAAAUCUGCCUGUCCAUGUACUUCUUGUGGCAAGAAUUAGGGCCCUCAGUCCUAGCAGGUUUGGCCGUUAUGAUAUUCCUGAUUCCUAUCAACGGAUUCAUAGCCAACAAAUCCAAGACGUUGCAAAUCAAACAAAUGAAAAAUAAGGACGAGCGUGUCAAAUUGAUGAACGAAGUUUUGAGCGGAAUUAAAGUUUUGAAAUUGUACGCUUGGGAGCCUAGUUUUGAAGCUCAUGUACUUAAAAUAAGAGACAAAGAAAUUAAAGUUUUGAAGGAGGCGGCUUAUUUGAAUGCUGGUACUUCGUUUAUAUGGUCUUGUGCACCGUUUUUGGUCGUCCUCGCCACAUUUGUAUCCUUCAUAUUUAGCGACAAGGCGCACGUCCUCACUCCUCAGAUAACCUUCAAAUCUUUAAGCCUUUUCAGUAUUAUGAGUAUGCCAAUGGGACUGCUGCCGAUCCUGUUGAUUUACGUCGUGGAGACAUACGUAUCAGUCAAGAGAAUAAACACCUUUAUGAAUGCAGACGAAUUGGAUCCUAAUAAUGUCAGCCAUGAUGCUACUGAAGUUGAUCCCUUGGUAAUCGAAAACGGCAACUUCUCUUGGGGCGAAGACCCGAUUUUGAGAAAUAUUAACAUACGAAUUGCUUCCAAGACUUUAACGGCUGUAGUUGGGUCCGUCGGUUCCGGCAAGAGUAGUUUAGUGUCUGCGUUUUUGGGAGAAAUGGAAAAAGUGUCAGGAUGGGUCAACACUUAUGGUUCUGUAGCGUACGUUUCCCAACAGGCCUGGAUUCAAAACGCGACGCUCAAAGACAACAUUACUUUUGGAAAAGCCUUUGAUAGGGCCUUAUAUGAAAAAGUAAUUGAAGCUUGCGCACUCAAGCCUGACUUCGAUAUGCUUCCUGGUGGCGAUCAAACGGAAAUUGGUGAAAAAGGUAUUAAUUUAUCUGGUGGUCAAAAACAACGUGUCAGCUUAGCUAGAGCUGUGUAUGCCGACGCAGAAAUUUAUUAUUUGGAUGAUCCCCUUAGCGCUGUAGAUUCUCAUGUUGGGAAGCAUAUUUUUGAACAAGUUUUGGGGCCAAAAGGAUUGCUGAAGAAUAAAACCAGAGUACUCGUUACACACGGAAUCACUUAUUUGCCACAAACAGAUAAAAUAUUUGUGCUUAAAAAUGGAGAGAUUUCAGAGAGCGGUUCCUAUCAACAAUUGCUGGAUAAAAAGGGAUCUUUUGCUGAAUUUUUGAUACAACAUAUCCAGGAACAAGAUGAAAGUGAAGAAGCUCGUCGAAUAAAUCGCAAAAACUCUACCACCCCUGAAUUGGACGAACUUAAAACACAACUGGCGUCUCAAAUCGGCGAAGAUUUGUCUAAGCAAUUAGUGAGGAAGCGAUCUCGUGUAUCAGAAUCAAAGUCUGAUACUGGUUCUUGUACAGUACUAAAUGGAUCUUUACAAAGGCAAAAAUCGGUGGAUAGCGCAAAAAGUAUUCGAAGAGACUCUAAAGACAAGAACGGUCCAAUAGUAGGCGAGAAACUUAUUGAAGUUGAAAAAUCAGAGACCGGUAGUGUUAGUUGGCAAGUUUACAAACAUUAUCUGAUGUCUAUUGGAAUUCUCAUUGUGGUUAUGACUGUAAUAUUAAAUAUGGCAUUCCAAGCUUUCAGUAUAGGCUCCAAUGUUUGGUUAGGUCUUUGGUCCGAUGAUGCUGAUAUGGUAGACAAGAACGGUACAGUAAAUAAAGCAAAAAGAGAUUUAUAUCUAGGGGUCUAUGGAGCUUUGGGUAUAGGGCAAGUUAUUGUGAUAUUCUUCGCGUCACUCACCUUAUAUGUAGGAACACUGAACGCCGCUCAGAAGUUACAUUUAGCGUUAAUUUCGAACAUGAUGCGGGCUCCGAGUACGACGUUUUUCGAUGUCACCCCAGUAGGGAGAAUUCUUAAUCGAUUCUCGAAGGACGUUGACACUUUGGACAGUGUUCUGCCUAUGACUUUGCGAGGAUGGAUAACUUGUUUAUUUUCGGUUAUUGGUACCCUAGUAGUAACAAGCGUCACAACACCACCAUUUAUAAUUGUCAUAAUCCCCAUAGGCCUUCUAUACUAUUUUAUACAAAGAUUCUAUGUAGCUACUUCACGUCAAUUGAAACGUCUCGAAUCCGUAUCGAGAUCCCCAAUUUAUUCGCACUUUGGUGAAACUGUUACUGGAGUCCAAGCCAUCAGAGCUUAUGGCCAAGAGGAGAGGUUCACUAGAGAAUCAGAACAGAGAGUCGAUAAUAAUCAAAUUUGUUAUUAUCCAAGUAUUAUAUCGAAUAGAUGGCUGGCUGUGAGAUUGGAAAUGAUUGGAAAUUGUAUUAUUUUGUUUGCCGCGCUUUUUGCUGUACUGGGGACCAAUCAGAAUGCUGCAUUGGUGGGAUUGUCGAUAACCUACUGUCUACAGAUAACUCAAACAUUGAAUUGGCUUGUAAGAAUGACAUCAGAUGUUGAAACCAACAUUGUAGCAGUAGAGCGUAUAAAGGAAUACGCUGAAAUACCGCAAGAAGCCCCAUGGGAAAUCCCUAACAAGAUAAUAUCUGCUGCUUGGCCUGAAACUGGGUCUGUUACCUUCAAAGAUUACUCAGUAAGGUAUCGUCCAGGUUUGGAUUUGGUAUUGAAACGCGUUAACUUCACGGUCAUGGGAAGCGAAAAAGUUGGUAUAGUUGGAAGAACUGGUGCUGGAAAAUCUAGUUUAACAUUGUCGUUAUUCAGAAUUAUCGAAGCCUCAGAAGGACAAAUUAUAAUAGACGGAGUGAAUAUUGCCAAUUUAGGCUUACAUACUCUUAGGUCCAGAUUGACUAUCAUACCCCAAGAUGCUGUUUUAUUCUCUGGUUCCCUUAGAAUGAAUCUAGAUCCUUUCGAUACACACAGUGAUGAUGAGGUGUGGAAUACCUUGGAAUUAGCUCAUUUGAAAGCUUUCGUCAAAGGUUUACCAUCUGGCCUAAACCACGAAAUCUCCGAAGGUGGUGAGAAUCUUUCUGUAGGACAACGUCAACUAGUAUGUCUCGCUCGCGCCCUAUUGCGCAAGACGAAAAUACUUGUUUUGGAUGAAGCCACUGCUGCUGUAGAUUUAGAAACGGAUGAUUUGAUUCAAAGAACCAUUAGAACGGCAUUUAAGGAUUGCACAGUUCUAACAAUUGCACACAGAUUAAACACAAUCAUGGAUUCAGAUAGGGUUAUAGUUUUAGAUAAAGGAAAAAUAGCCGAGUUUGAUACUCCGGCUAAUCUUCUUACACAACCAACCAGUAUAUUUUUUGGUAUGUGUAAAGACGCUGGUUUGGCAUAAUUCUUUUUUGUUAGAUAGGCCAGUAAAUACAAUAUUUAUACAGGGUGUCUGGAAGGUAUGUACAAAAUCUUAAAGCAACAGGACGGUAAAUUUAAAAAAAUAAGCUACUGAAGUGAAUGUAUGUGAAAAUAUUAGGACACUUACGUAGGUACACUUUAAAAAAUAAUAGAAAAAAAAGUCGCGUGCAGCACAGUACACGUGAUAGAAGUGAAUACUUACUCUUUCUCGCCCUCAUAUUCAUCAUAUGCUUCAUCUCACUUGCGAGAGGAAAAUUAUAUAAAUCGUGUCGUGACGCGACCUUGAAAAAUCACUCUCAUGCGGCGAAAGAAGUAUUCACUUCAAAAACACCAUUUGCACUAGUAAUUCACUGAUCACAUUUCAUCUUUAUAGGUACCAACAAAUUUUUUCGAUUCCAAUUAAUUUCAGUUUUCGGCCCACUUUGACACAUCUUAGCAAGAGCACCUUUUUUGCCUGAAAAUGUUCACAAAAUUAUUUCCUGAAAAAAAGUAAAAAAUUCUGAAUGUAAGUUGCUAUAAAUCGAUUUAUUUUCACCUUGGAGAGUUUGUGCUAAGAUUUUGUACAGCCCUUUUAGAGACACCCUGUAUAAAAAAGCCCUGAUUAUCCAAGGGGCAUUCACCUCAGGUAAAUCUAAACUAGCAUAGUUUUUUUGUUUACUUUCUGAGUUUAAGUAAAUCUGUUCCCUCAUCACAUUGCAACUUGCAAUCAUUAUUUUGUAAAUACAUCACAUAUUUAAACUUUGAUAAUGGUGAGUUUGAGAUUCGUACCUCAAAUAAUUGUUUUGAUAUGCUUGGAUAAUUGGGGAUUCAAUUAUCAUUAAUUAUUAUAUGUAGUCUAUAAAUUCACAAGCUUCAUUGGCCUAUUUUGUUUUUUGGUGCUUCACACAAAAAAUUUAACUGUGUUCCUUUGAAUAUGUUUUGGUUACCUACUUAAAUAUAUAUUACUUAAUAGAAACUGUAUGAUUUCAAUUUAUUAAAACGUACUUAGGUAUUAUUUCUGUACUUAAAUUUGUUCGUGAAAAUUGCCAGCCGUAUCUGCAAUGUCAAAUCUUGCCUUAAAAUACAAAUGUGAUGUUGAAGUUAAGAUUCGUUUUGUACUUUUAGGGAUCAACCUUUUAUUGUAUAACUAUAGGAAUAUAGUUAAGUUAUCUCUGGUUUGUGAAUCAGAAAAAAUAUAUAUACAUAUAUUUUUUCUAUUCGAGCUGUAUGUUCAAACUUUCUUUUAAUAGGUAAGUACUCUAAAAUUUUAUUUAUUUUUUACGGUUUUUUUUUAUAUUGAUAAUUUUUAUUAGGUAAUUAAAUUAAGUUUUAACGUGUUGUCUUUUUCUUCUGUAGAAAUGCCUAUUGAGUUUUUAAAGCCAGACACUUUUCAACUUGCUAGUAAUGAUUUAUUUACGUUCGUAUACUUUUCCUACAUAUUGUUAUGUUUUGUCUAAAUACGAACCCAUUUUUCUCGAAAUGAAUUUAUACUUUUAUUACAAUAGUUUUUAUUACAGCACAGCAAUAUUGAUGAAUAUUAAUAUACUGUAUUGUUUUUUGUAAAAAAAUAAAUGAUACCUAUCUGAAAGUAUA